AUGCUGUUUGACGAAGAUGAGUAUGUGUCAGCAACUCAGCGUCGGACUCUGGGAAAUAAUCCUCGUUGCCCUAAUGUAGCAAUGCAGAUCAUAUCUGUUCUCUUUCGAGUCUCGACGUCCACGAGUUUCGACUUUCUUCCCCCAUUGAGUAGCUAUCUCGUUUCCCACAGAACUGGGAACGAAAUACUAUUACAAGCUAUUGGGAAGUUCACAAACAAUGUCUUGAGUUCUCACAGUGACAUUGGUUCCGCCGAUUCUGAUGGCGCCCGUCUCGUUAUAUUUGAUGUUGCGUCACCAUCGUUCCGCUGA